AACAGAUUACAUACGGCUAAUAAUUCGAGUAAACUAUAAAUAAUCAAAGAUUCCCCCUUUUGAUAUGUCUCUGAAACUUGUUUCACAUAAUUCUACUAUUUAGUUCUUCCUAUAUUUUCAUCUUUUGAGAUUAACGGAUUUUAAUGAGGACACGACAUUAGUGCGACAUAGUGUACGACGACAUUUGCACCAGCCUCAAUCGAUUUUUUCCGUUAAAGCGGCUUUAUUUUAAACGAGUGGCUUGAUUUGGUCAUGACAUAGUGACCGCUAAAUUACAUCAUACUACUUACAGAUCUCAUGCUUUGAUAACCUUCAAAAUUGAUCUGAUGGAAUGUUCUUUCAGUGUUAAUGAGAAUAGACAAGGGGGAAAAUGGAUUCAAGACAAGCGCUUUUAAGAAGACGUACAGGAAAAAAAAAUUCACCACAAAAGUUGCAAUUGCCUUGAGGUUUUAUGAUAAUGCCGUGCGAAAAAUCCGCCCCGAGAUUGUUUUCUCCACUUGCACCUACCAAUUACAUUGCAUUCUUUAACUUCAGCGGCCCGAUUAUGUGCCAAGCUUAGUUAUUUCCUUUCUAACUGCCUAGCAAAAGAGUCAUUUUUUUGGAGAAAUUAACGGUACAGUGAAAAAAAAAAAAUCUUCAAUUUGAUCAGGCAAAAGAAAUGACUCCAAGUAUUGUUUCUCGGAUGAUGCAAACUAAUAAAGAAAUUUCUCUUUCUUUUUUAUAUAUUUCCUACAAUUUCCCCAUAUUCUCUAUUAUCAGUAAGAUUUUCUUGAUUGUAAUCUUGCUAUCUGAGACAGAUAUAACUUUCCUUAUCUAAUUCUCGACAAUAUGAGUAAAGAACACGGCAAAAUCGAGGAAUCCUCGGCCCUGUCACUGAUGGAACAAUAUGGCCGUCCUCAAAUAGAAUCUCCACAAGACGCCUCAAAAUGGCAGAACUUCAAAGAUUCAUUUAGGCGAGCCGACAAGGUAUCUGAUGUACUUGAAUCAUCACACAAGCUCCAUCUUUCGGAUAUCGAAAGGGCCAACUUGGGUACCACCGGUGAAGAUUUACAUCGAAAAUUAAAAAAUAGGCAUAUUCAAAUGAUUGCAUUGGGAGGAAGUAUAGGGACUGGACUUUUAGUCGGUAGUGGGAAAGCAUUGUAUAUGGGUGGUCCAGCCGCUUUAUUAAUUGCAUGGGGUGUGGUUGGAACCAUGGUUUUCUGUGUGGUUCAUGCAUUGGGGGAAUUAUGUGUUGCAUUCCCAGUUAAUGGGGCAUUUUCUACUUAUGCAACUAGAUUUGUCGAUUCAUCAUGGGGUUUUGCUGUUGGGUGGAACUAUGCUAUCAUGUGGUUGUUUGUGUUCCCGUUGGAAUUAGUUGCUGCUGCAAUGUGUUUGCAAUUUUGGAACACAACUAUAAAUCCAGUCAGUUGGGUUGCAAUUUUCUACGUUGCGAUUGUUCUUAUUAACCUUUUUGGAGUCAAAGGAUACGGAGAAGCUGAGUUCUACUUGACAAUUUUUAAGAUUAUCGCCCUUGUUGGAUUCAUUAUAUUGGGUGUUAUCUUAGUUUGUGGAGGUGGUCCAAAGCAUGAAUUUAUUGGGAACAAGAAUUGGAAAGUCGGUGCAUUUGCCAAUGGAUUCAAAGGAGUAGCAACUACUUUUAUCACAGCAUCUUAUUCCCUUGCCGGUACAGAGAUGGUUGGAUUGGCAGCAGCUGAAGUCGAUAAUCCAAGAAAAGUGCUUCCAAAAGCCAUUAGGCAAGUCUUUUGGAGAGUAUUUUUAUUCUACUAUUUGACAUUAACUUUCAUUGGAUUGUUGGUUCCUUAUAACCACCCAGAUUUACUUGGUGGUUCAGGAAACAAUGCUUCACCAUUUGUCAUUGCCAUUAAGGAUGCCGGUAUUAAAGCUCUUCCUUCCAUUUUCAAUGCUUGUAUUUUAUUCGCUGUUGUUUCAGUUGGAAAUUCAUCAGUUUUUGGAUGUUCACGUACCAUUCAAAGUUUGGGUGCACAAGGGUUAGCACCUCUGUGGUUUGCUUACAUUGAUCGUAAAGGUCGUCCAUUGGUGGCUUUGGGAAUUUCCGCUAUCUUUGGAGCACUUUGCUUCCUUACAGCUUACAAAGAUCAAGGUACUGUAUUUAACUGGUUAUUAAGUGUCGCUGGAUUAGCAACUGUUUUCGCAUGGUUUAAUAUCGCCUUGUGUCACUUUAGAUUCAGAAGAGCUAUGAGGACCCAAAAAAGAUCUCUCGAUGAAUUGGUAUUUACCUCUGUUACUGGGAUCUGGGGGUCGUUAUACUCAAUGGCAUUCCUUAUUCUUGUCCUAAUUGCUCAAUUCUGGGUUGCUUUAUUCCCACUUCACAGUAAUGGCAAGCCAAGUGCAGAAUCUUUCUUUCAGAAUUACCUUGGAGCUUUUGUCAUAUUGAUUUGCUACAUAGGACACAAGUUAUAUACUAGAAACUGGAGAAUUUAUUUGAGUUCUGCUGAUAUUGACUUGGAGUCAGGUAGAAGAAUUGUCGAUGUCGAAGUAUUACAAGCUGAAAUGACCGAAGAAAAGGAAGCAAAUCGAUUGAAACCUGUAUACAUCCGAUUGUGGAACUAUUGGUGCUAGACUAUAUAAAAUUACAAUAAAAGUGGAGCAAGGUCAGGAUCAAUUUCUGUCCUUUUCUCCUUUCUCCGUCUGUUGGAAAUCCAGUUUUGUACCUGCGACUUCGAUAGAGACGUCAAAUUCAUCAAUUCUAUAAUCGAUUCUCUCGUUAGAUAUGGAUGCUGUAAGUUUUGAUUGUACCAGUUCUCCAAUAUAUCUAGUUGUUGUUUUACCAACCUACGACUUCCCCGCUUACACAGGUCAGCUCCUUCCUGCACAGCUUCCUCGACCCGUAACAUACCCAAAGAACUCUCUUGAAGUGCAAUUCUUUCAGAUAGAAUGCAUUCCAAUACCUUUGCAUGGCCGUUGAUACGACGUAUUAGGUCCUUCUCAUCUUCCCCAAGUGUUUCCGUUUCUAUUAUGAAUUUCACUUUAGAGAUAUAACUAUCAAUCUCUUCUUUAAUGUUUUCCGGGUCAAAGACAGGGAAUGUGGAAAGAGUAGAAAUAUGUAUUAAUAAUCGUUGAUUAAUCUGGGUUAGUGUACCUAUAUUUUUGUUCAUUGUGCUCUUGAUAUUGCAUGCCGCAAAGAUAACUUAAGCAAGCAAAAAACAUACAAAUUAUACGCGCAUUCUGCACAAUAAAUUUGUCACAUGAAUCGCCUGGCUAUGGCCUCUGCGUCAGUGCUCAAAAAAAAAGAAAGCUUUAAAGAUGAUACAGUCCAAAAAUGUUAGUUCUAUAUAGAGAUAGUAUUCCAGUUGACUUAUUCUUCUCAAAAACUAAAAAGUUAAAUACCGAUAUCUACUCAUUCAAUGACUGUGGCAAACAAUGAUAAGAACUUAAACUUAUUUACGUAAACUUAAUUCCUUUGCUCUUCGUAGAAUAUAAUUAAAAAUAGGGAUCAAUGAAUUACAAACGGUCCCUAACUAGGAGAUCAUAAGCAUUAUUUAUCUUCAAUAGAACUAAUUAUUGUACCUGGUAGUUACUAGGCGGGGUAAGCACCCAAUUUCCCAAUUGGGAAUUUAUAACGGUAAGGUCAAUAUGGAGCAGCAUAUGCCUAUAUUAGGAAAGUUUUUACUUUAUCAAUUUCGUACAACCCUUCC